AUGAGGAACAAGGCGACCAACUACCUUCGCAGGCCGAAAUUCCGCCAGUCCUGGAGCAAAUACAACCUGUUCAACCUGACCCGAAUCACAAACCCGUUCACGGCAGCACGAACCGCCUUCCAGCAGAAAUGGAAAGCCAAAUCCAUUACCCGCGCAUACCACGGCGAACAGGUCCGGGAGAGUCAAUGGGAGCGCAUGUUCUCUCGCCGUCCCCGUGCCGUUGUGUCCCUGAACGCCCGCUAUCUCGCUCGCAACGACGGCUCUAGUGAGUCUGCCGGCCGUGGUUCGGGGCUCCAGCGGCCUCCGGUCACGGGCCCGAAGCGUGCAGCAUUCGAAAUCAAGGCUACGCCAUACACGCAGAUGACCUAUGCACCGUUGGAGAGGAGGUUGGAUGUGGCUAUCUUCCGGGCACUGUUUGCUAGCAGUACCAGGCAAGCGAGGCAGUUUGUCAUCCACGGGGCAGUUAAAGUGAACGGAAAGAAGAUGCAACAUGCGGGAUACUUGUUGAAUCCGGGAGACAUGUUCCAGGUCGAGCCUGAACGAGUAAUGUACGCUACGGGGGCACCCAAAGAUGGCUCCCUGCGUCGAUCAGGCCGUAUACGACGACGUCUGGGUCCUAAGAAGGAAGGAGAGGAAGGAGAGGAAGGCGAGGGUGCAAAGAGUGCAAAGAGCGCGGAGAAGAAGGAAGACGGCAAGAAGACAGAAGAGCCAGAGGACCCACGAAGGUCACUGAAGGAUAUGCUCUCCGCGGCCAAGGAGCUCAUGGCGACGGGCAAGAAGGUGCUCCCUGCUAAGCGGAGACAGGAGUUUCGUGCUUUCCAGCGCUCUGUCAAACAAGUGCUCUCACGGUCCAGCACCACCACGACCAUGACCGACAACCUCGAGGCCCAGUUCCUUGCACUGAAGAACAUGAUGGAGGAGCAGAACAAGGCCGCCGAGAAGGCAGCAGCAGAAGCAGCCCAAAAGGCCGCAGCCAGCGAGGCGAGCAAGUCAGAGGCCGCCGCACCAUCGAUCCCAAGCACCGAAUCCCACACCAUCCAAGAACAGCCACCCAUGGCCGCCACUCCCUUUAAAAAUAAUAAUGCUUUCGCCGACUUCACCGACUCCCUCGCCCAGACCGACCUCGACGACUCCUCUGCGGCAGACCUGCGGGCCCUCAAGCGCGCCCUCGAGGAGCUGCACGACAACCCCAUCGACAGCACGAAGCCGUAUGCCACGCCCUGGCGGCCUCGCGACUACAUGAGCCCCUUCGCCUUCGUGCCGCGGUACCUCGAGGUCAACCACAACAUCUGCGCGGCCGUCUACCUGCGCCAUCCCGUAGCGCGUCCAGGGAUGGCAGAGGUGCCGACUCCCUAUGGCGAGAUUGUCGGCAGUGCUGCCUUUGCGUGGUAUCUGCGCCGGCGUUAG